UGGUUUUGAAAUUUCACGGGCUCGGUUUGUGUUGAUGUUUUGAAUUUGGAGCGCUGCUUUGGCACUUAUCGUGACCAGCUAUAACUUAAAACUGUAACUACCGAUUUUCUAGUGAACUAUUUCUUCCAAACCAUGUCUUUUUCAAGAGCUCCAGUGAAGCGAUUUAAUGAAAAUAUCGGCUGCGCCCCAGCACCGGGCACCUACGAGCUGAAACCAGGAGAGGUGAAGGGACCUGCCUCUUUCCUCCGGUCAGAGCGCUUCAAACUGCUCAAGGCCAGUGUUGCUCCCAGCAUCCUACCACCAUCUCCUUCUAAAGAUGUGCCCACGUCACCUGUGGCUGUGCGUAGGACCAUGUCUGUGGAUGGACUGGUUGACGGGUCCAUGUCAAAGAAAGACAAGAGUGGCCAAUCGAUGCAGAUGAAACGGCAGAAACUCCUGGAGAAAGAGAUCCGCUCCCUGGUGCAGCAGCGCGGGGAGCAGGACAGGCGCCUGGUAACCCUGGAGGAGGAGCUGCGGAAGGUGGACGCCAAGCUGUUGUCUGUGGUCAGGGAGAAGAAUGGUCUGGCAGCUAACGUCACCACCCUGGAGAGACAGCUGGCUGAGCUCAAGAAGACUAACGAGUUCCUCAAGAACAAGGUUUCUGCAGACACAACUAAGAAGCGAUUCCAGUCUAUGUCUAUGGAGCUGAUGGAGGCAAGAAACAAACUGGAUGUCAAGGACAAGGAGCUGAGUUUCCUGCAGAUCAGUACAGGGGGCCAGGUGAUGUUGCUGGAGACAGACCUGGAGGCAGCCAGAGCUACACUCACCACCCUGAGGGAGAGGAAUGAGGACCUCUCGGACCUCCACCACGACACCAAAGUCCACAACGAGGAGCUGGAGGAUGAGAUGGGUACACUGCAAGCUGUGAUCCAGGAGCUGAGAGAGGAGGUCAAUGUUCUACAGGGUUACCUGGACACAGCCAACGACCACACCCAGGACCUGCGUAUGAAGCUUCGUGAGAAGACAGAGAUGGAGAACAGCAUGUCUGAGUCUCAGCACAAGAAACUGGGUCAUCUUGAGCAGAAGCUGGAGCAGUGCACCGCAGAGCUCAGGAUCUCUCAGAAUAUUCUCCAUCAGAAGGAGGAGGAGUCAGAGAAAGGUCAACAGGACCUGCAGGCUUCCCGGGAUGCAUUGCAGGAGACCGAGAAGCUUCUGGAGUGGCGAGAGGCGGAGCUGAUGUCCUCCCAGAAGGCAUUGGGAGAUAUGGAAACACAGAUGCAGCGGGCCAACCAGGAAGUGUCUGACUCCCAGAGUGCAGUGCGGCAACAGGAUGCGGAGGUAGUGCGUCUGAGUGAGGUGCUGAGGAGGACCGUGAAGGAGCUGGAUGAGAGAAUAGCUCAUCUGGGAGAGAAGUGCAAAAUCCUGGAGGAGGAGAGAAAUAGGGGCCAGGGGAGAGUGGAGGAGCUGACUGCAGAGCUGAGCCUCCUGCAGGAGAACUGGAGGAGUGAGAAGGAGGUGCAGGAGCAGCUGGCGCAGGCACACACCUCCCUGACUGAGGAGCUGAAGAAGGAAAAGGAGCGUGCAGCCUCCCUGGCCUCGGGGCUGGAGAGAGUUAGGGAGGAGACCGAGGACGAGAGGAAACAGUUGGAGGAUGAGUUGGAUGAGGCUCUAGUGGAGCUGUCAGUUCUGGAGUUGCAGGAAGAGAGGAGGGAGGAAGAGGAGAAGAGGAGAGAGGAGGCCUUACAUAGUUUCCAGCAGGUGAAGACUGAGAUGGAGAGGGAACUGACUGAGACCAGAGCACUGCUAGACAGGAGAAGCAGUGCCGUGGAGGCGUUGGAGAAGGUGCACGGUGCUGAAACGAGGAGGCUGCAGGAGGAACACACCACCUCCCUCAGCAAGAUAGGACACAUGGCCACUGAACUGGAGAGCACCAGACAGGCCCUGAAGGGAGCAGAGGAUAGGAGUAGAGCGCUGGAGGAUGAGGUAGAGAGGGUGACGAAGCAGAUGGAGAGAGUGAAUCAACAGGAGGAGGAGGUGAAAAAGCUGAGGGAGGAGAUGGAGGAGGAACAGGAGAAACAUCUAGCUAACCAGCGGGGUCAGGAGAAAGCCAGGAAGGAGUAUGCAAGAAUUCUGUUGGAGGUACAGACACGUCUAGCUCAGCGAGAUGAUGAAAUGAAGAGGGCUGAGGAGGAGGUGCAGAGACAGCUGCAGGAGGAGAGGAUGGAGAAAGGGGAGGUGCAAAGGCUACUCCAGCAAGCUAGAGAGGAGAAAGAGGAGCUUCAAAGGCUAUUUAAGCAAACUAAAGAGGGGGUGCAGAGGCUACUGGAGCAGGAGAAAGGAGAGGGGGAAGUGCAAGGGAUGUCAGAGGAGGUGGGGGGGCGAGAGAGACUGGUGGAGGUGGUAGAGGAGGAGAAGCUAACUCUUCAGUGCUUGGUAUUGGAGGUAGAGAAGGAGAAUCUGAGUCUUCAAAACCAGUUGGAGAAGGUGGAGGACCAGGUAAAGAAAUAUCUGCCAUCUCUAGAGAACCACAUGAAUGAGGUAGAGAAAGAGAGGGAUGAUCUGAAAACAGCAGCAACGUUUGAAAUAGACAAACAGGGCCUUCAGAACCAGGUAGAACUGAUGGAAGAGAAGGUUUCUCUCCAGAGCCAGGUGGAUGUGGAGGUCCAGGAGUUUCUUCUCCAGAGCCAGGUGGAUGUGGAGGUCCAGGAGUUUCCUCUCCAGAGCCAGGUGGAUGUGGAGGUCCAGGAGUUUCCUCUCCAGAGCCAGGUGGAUGUGGAGGUCCAGGAGUUUCCUCUCCAGAGCCAGGUGGAUGUGGAGGUCCAGGAGUUUCCUCUCCAGAGCCAGGUGGAUGUGGAGGUCCAGGAGAAGGGAAGAGGCUUCCAGAGAAUGCUGCUGGAGACUCAAGACAAGAGUGAUGCAGAGACGGAACACUGGAGGAGACGGUACGAGGAGCUCUAUGCCAAGGUCAAGCCCUUCCAGGAGCAGCUGAAUGGGUUUGCUGCGGAGCGGGAAUUGCUACUGAACGAGAACGGGGCGAACCAGGAGGAGCUAACACGGCUAGCGGACGCCUACGCUCGUCUGCUGGGCCACCAGAACCAGAAACAGAAGAUCAGACACGUGGUGAAGCUCAAAGAUGAGAACAUUUCCCUCAAACAGGAGCUGUCUAAGCUGCGUGCCCAGGUGUCCCGUCAGAAGAAGGGAGGCCAGCCCCAACGCAGGGUUGAUCCCAGCAAAGCCUUCAACAACCAGGACAGCAAGGAGAACCUGCUGCCACACCUCUCAGACACACCAGCAUUUCCUUUAGCGGAACACCUUCAAUUCUUCGGGACUGACUCCCAGGUGUCAGAAGCAUUCCACAGGGAUGCUGGCCCAGGUUGACUCCAGUGCUUCCCACAGUUGUGAAGUUAUCUGGAUGUCCUUUGGGUGGUGGACCAUGCUUGAUACACACAGGAAACUGUUGUGUGAAAAAAUAGCAGCGUUGACGUUCUUGACUUACUGGAACUGGUGCGCCUGGCACCGACUACCA